GCCAUGGCGUCGCUGAAGGGACUGGCAUCGGCGCUGGAGUCGUACAGGGGCCGGGACCGCCUGAUCCGAACGCUGGGGUACUGCUGCCAGCUGGUCGGCGGGGUGCUGGUGGAACAAUGCCCGGCCAAGUCAGAUGUGGGGAUGCGCCUGCUAGUGCUGUCUGCCCAGCUGAGCCAUUGCAGGACCGUCCUGCGACUCUUUGAUGACCUGGCCAUGUUUGCCUACACUAAGCAGUAUGGCUUGGGGACAAAGGAGGAGGACUGCUUUGUCCGCUGUGUGUCUAUUCUGGGCAACCUGGCUGACCAGCUGUUCUACCCCUGCGAGCACGUUGCCUGGGCUGCUGACGCCAAGAUCCUCCACGUGGAUGCUGCCCGCUGGUGGGCGCUGAGCACAGCUUUCUGGGGCCUCUCCCUGCUCCUGGGCAUUGCCAGGUCCCUGUGGGUGAUACUGAAGCUGAGUCGGAGGCUGAGGAGCCCCACGGUGGCCUUCCCCAGGCAGCCACCUUGUAGCAAGUGGAGGACCCUGGAGGCGCAGAUUUGGUCGGAGACGCUGACUCUGCUCAGCAACUUGGCCGACCUGGCCAACGCCGUGCACUGGCUGCCCCCAGGAGUGCUGUGGGCUGGCUGCUUCCCCCCGUGGCUGGUGGGCCUCCUGGGCACCGUGUCCUCCAUCCUCAGCGUGUACCAGGCCGUCAGGGCCCGUGACAACCAGGCUGACCACCAGGCUGACACUGCCAGCUCUUGACUCAGCCUAAGGAGCCGGGGACACAGUCGGAACCACCAGGCCAUCACCAGCCAUCACCGGGGCUAGGGGCUGGGUCUGGAACUGAGCAUACGAGUACCCAGUUGGGGGAGAUGGAGUGCAGAGCAGAGAAGGCCCUGCCCGAGAUGUCAACCCAUGUGGUGAGUGGGCACAGGUGUGAGCCUCCCCGGCGCUGGGCUGAGUCCUCCACCCAGGCCAGGCUCUGGACCUUGAGGCAGCUUCCCUCUGGGCCUUGGGGAGGGACCGGGACCCUGCCUCCUGGAACAGGAGAGGCAACUGUGGGCUCCGCGGGGCGGAGGGAUCUUGUGUUGGGGAAAGGCAGGCAGGGGAGGCCUUUGGGGAGAAGGCUUGGGGAGAAUAAAUGUGAUGCGUGGGGCUGG